AUGAAAGGCCGGAGAUGGCGGUACACUCAGCUGCCCACCCAGGUGGAGGGCACCCUGUCUGGGGAAGAGGGCGAGGAGGAGGAAGAGGAGGAGGAGGAAGAGGAGGCAGUCCCAGCCCCAGCCCCUCAGGACCCCGUGGAGCCUCAGCUGACAGAAGCCAGCCAGGUCCUGGGUGCCUCAGAAAUUAGGCAGCUCAGUCUCCACCUACCCCCAAGAGUCACUGGCCACCCCUGGAGUCUGGUCUUCUGCACAUCAAGGGACGGCUUUAGUCUUCGGAGACUAUACCGGCAGAUGGAGGGUCACAGUGGGCCAGUACUGCUGGUGUUGAGAGACCAGGAUGGACAGAUGUUUGGCGCCUUCUCCUCCUCAGCUAUCCGACUCAGCAAAGGCUUCUACGGCACCGGCGAGACAUUCCUCUUCUCAUUCUCCCCACAGCUAAAGGUCUUUAAGUGGACAGGAAACAACUCUUUCUUCGUGAAAGGAGAUCUGGACUCACUGAUGAUGGGCAGUGGAAGUGGCCAGUUUGGGCUGUGGUUGGAUGGAGACUUGUACCACGGGGGAAGCUACCCCUGUGCUACCUUUAACAAUGAAGUGCUGGCCCGGCAAGAGCAAUUUUGCAUCGAGGAGCUGGAGGCCUGGGUUCUGAGCUGACACCUCCCAGGACCAAGAUGCUCGAGUCACUUUCGUAUGCUGCCCAGGCCUUGCUCACACAGGGCAGCCAUUCUGCCUGACUCAGGAUGAUGGAGAACCCUCAUGUGGACUGUGGCUCUCAGCCAGCCUCCUAAUGGCCCGAAAACCCAGGGCAGGGAUGGGCAGCCCCUGUUCUGCAGCAGAGUUGACUGUGAAGGUGUGAAAGACACUCUUGCUGAAGAAGCAUGAAAUUUGUCUUUACAGGAUUUGACAAUUCCUAGAGAACCCAGAACAAGACCAACAAAACAAAACAAAAGACCCAUAAAAACAACAAACAACUGCCUCCCCCAAUAACAUUUCCAUAUCCUUCCAAACAAGUCAGGUGUGUACACGAGCAUACACACACACACACACACACACACACACACACACACACACACACACCCUUUUU